CUCUGAAAGUGAGAGGAAACCCUGAAGCCAGGGACACUCCCACCUCGACCCACCAGCAUACACCCAGGAAGGUGCGCAGACACACACGCACACGCGCUCGUACCCUCAGAUGCAGAAAAGGAUGGUGACCCCUGCGUUGAGAAUGAAUGGAACCUGGACAACAUUGGCCCUCGCUCUGGCUCUGCUGGCGCUCCUCUCUCGCAAUGCUGUGGUCUGUGAAGAUUUCCUAACGUUCGAAGACAAAGAAGAAAUUGACAAGUUGUUUAGUAUAACUUUCAAGCCAAAGAUAUUUCGAGGAGACGGAGAAGGUUCAUUCACUCGUAUAAUAUCCUCAGGAAAAGUGAACUUAUUUGAUCCCAGUGAUGUAGCUACUGAAGUGUACACUUUUAUGAAUAUGAUUACUACUUUCUGGGAUGUCACACCACCCCCUGGAGGUGAGGAUACCUGGAGGCAGUCUGAGGGUCCAGAGACCACUAUCCAAAAGCAUGGUAGCCGAGUAUUUACUGGAACAGUGAAGCCCUUUAGAGAAGACAGGCGGACAAUCCCAGGUGAUCUUGAUAAAAUCCAUAUAACCAAUUCAAAGGCUGAAAUUGUAUGUGUGGACAAGGAGAAGAUCAGCAACAGAGAUGCUGUGAAGCUGAACCUAAAAUUCAAAUCCAGUUGUGAGGAUACAAUAAACAGGAUGGCUGGCAUUAUCAGGCAUUUAUGCAGAGAAGACUGCAAGCUGGAAAUCUUCCAGGAAGAAGAUUCAGAUCAAGUUCUCGUUUCCGGCAAAACCGUUGAAGCUAAUGCAAAAUCCAUGGCAACCAAGUUUGAGAAAGAAGAUGUUAAAAACAAGCUGAGGGUGAAGGAGGCGGCUCCUUACUGGGGUAAACAUAACCCCGCCGUGCUGGUCUCCCUGCUGGUGGCUGGUUUGCUGCUGGCUGCUUUGCUCAUUGGUGGGUACGUGCUGAAGAAUCACCAUGGACGCAACGCCAAGGCCAUGAAGCUGGCUGAUGAGUCCUUCCAGGUGGAUGUGGAGAGCCAGGGGAACACGUUAGUGUCUGUGGCCCCUCUCCCUCAGGAACCCCAGCCUCCAGAGAAGCCCAGCAUCAACGGGGAGUCUCCAGAUGGUGGGAAGAGUCAGCCACCCCCCACCAACGGCCACCAGGGUCCCAAGACCCCUGUGGCAGACACAGAGCUGUGAAGUGCCGCUCUGAACCAUCCUGUACUCCCAAGAAUCCCCUUCCCUUAGAUAGAUCCAGCCUCCACGAGACAUAAGAGACUCAUUCAAAUGUCCAUCCCAACACACACACACACACACACACACACUCACACACACACGUGCUCUGUCUCUCUGAAGGCAUCGUACAUAUGCAUAGCUACAUUUUCUCACGAUGCCUGAUGAACAAAAUAUAGUUUAAACUAAAUGUAGUCUCGAUGAAGAAAAAAGUGACAAAGAAGGUAACAUGUAUUUUGAUGACCGAUAUAUAAAGAUAAAAAGUGGAGAGCUAUGAGAGGGUGGGAGGCAGCCCUCAGUGAGCAGAGGCGUUGGGCUUGCACCAUGUUUUGGACAUUGCUUCCCUUGCUUACAACUGACCUCAGUGACUCCACUACAACUCAUCCACUCCUGUUGGUACCACACAUGCCACUGCACUGUAAAUACAUACACUAAAAUAUGGAAAAAUGUUAUAAACAUAAGAUUUUGCCUUUUAAUUGUGUAUUUCAGUCUGAAGUCUGAACAUUGUAUGUUUCUUAACCUUCUAUAAUCAUCAGACAUGCUGACUUGAUUUCUUGCUGUUAAUAAGUAGGCUGUUUACAAAAUUCAGUUAGAGAGGUAUAUAUGUAAAGCUAUCAGUUACUUUUGUCUUAUUCACUUUAGUUUUGUUGUUAGGCCUAAAGUGCCUAAACAAUAUCAGCGCUAUUUAACAGUGCUUUGUCUCACACACCUGACAUUAACAGGUUCAGGAUGUGAGAGGUGAAGGAAGAAAAAUAAACUCUCGGUGUCAUUGAAAGGGUUGCCAAAACCACCCAAA